GCAAGGCAGUUAUCGUGUAGUAACACAAAUAGCGUCAGAGAGCUCUAGCUCCUCCAGUCUUCAAGUGUAAAGACAUCCUCUCUCUCAUGCCUUUGGGCUCCAAGCAUCAAAGAAUGUCACUCGUAGUUGAAAGAGACGCUCAAACCUCCCGCUCUCCUCCUCCUAUCUCUCCCCCUCUCUACUCUCCAGCUACUCCAUCAGGAGCUGCUCUCUCUCCUUCAGUCUCUCUAACAUUGGACUCUUCCUUUCCUCCUGUGACGUCUUAUAGCAACAGCAGUCAGCCUCAAUCUCCUUCGCCUACUGCUGGGAGUGUGGACUCGUCUAAUGGUAAAACUGGCGCAGGUAAUAAUAUCAAAGAGACAAUGUCAGCCUCACCAGUCAAGCUGUACAAACUGUCAGACUUCAAAGACUUGACUUAUAGAGAAAUGGCCAAUAAAGUAGAGCCACUGAUGGAAGCCGUACAUGCUAAUCCUCAGCUCCAAUCAUCGCUACAGUCAAUAUUGGUUAACACUGCUACAGCUAAUUAUGAAAUGAGAGAUAUACAUGAUAUUUGUGAUAAAGGUGGUCUAAUGGAUCCCAGUGCAGGUGCUCAAUAUGCUAGUAGUGAAGUUAAUAGUGUCAUUGAGUCUCUUAAUAAAACCAAUAUGAGGGAGAGGAGCAAGGAGAUACAAGCACUCCUCCUAAUAACUGAUCCAAUACAGAGUUUCAAUGUUGAUAUGUUAACUAAAGCAGUAGCUCUAUCAUCAAGACAAAGACAAAAGCUACUAAGACAAUUUAAAUGCACUCCAGCUGUGUCCUGUCUCCACAGUUUCUGUGAUAAAGGAGCAUGGGCUGAUCCUGCUCUUCGUCCAAUGCUUGAGUAUUGUGGAUACAGACUGCUUAAUGGUCACAUACAGUUAUACAGAGGAACCAAUGAUAGGAAUGUAAUGGAUAGAGAUGUGAUCAGGUCUACCACAAUGGCUGUACUUGCUGUUGAUAUUAUACUACAUAAAGACACUGAAGGAACAAUAUUAUAAUAAUAAGAAAAAAUAACAAUAAUAAUAAUAACAACAAUAAUAAUGAAUUAAUUGUUGUAUGUAUCAUAACAGUAAAAUACGGUUAAUUAAUGCAUGUACAUAACUACAUGUAUUACAAUUAAUUCAUUGUCUCGUUGAUUGAAAAU